CAGUAACGCAAGAAGCGACUGUUCGAAUUGCCCGAAGAAGAAGCUGUUACUCCGGAAGUAAGAUAAGCGGGAGAUUUGAAGAGGGAAACAAACUUUGUGUUGGUGUGAGCUGUUGUUUCACACUGAAUAUUUGCGAAAAUGCUGAACAAGGCGCCCAAAUUAAAGUUUACAGUUAAAAGGAAAAUGAAGAGCAACAUAAAUGUGAGGCCUGCGUCAGAGGCAAUGAUUGAACUCCUGACGCUACUGUUUUUGAGCAGCCUUGCUGAGGAGGCGAAGGCCAAAGCGUUUGAAGAAAAAUCUGCAACGAUUAGAGCGCAACAUCUCAAAGCAGUCUCCAAGAAAGUGCUGAAAAAAGCAAGGGGAUGAAGACAGUGAAGUGCCUCAUCAUCUUUAUGAACAUUAUUAUUAACUGUAGAAAUAUGAGUUUUUUUAUUCUGUCCUUUGAUCAAGCACAUGUCCUGUACCUGUUUACCUGUCGUAUGAGUUUAUUUGUUCAUUAUUAAAAUCUUGUGAAUCUUC